AUGCAAAGGGGUUUGGAUUCACAAACUAAAAAACAACUAGAAGAGGAAGAAAAGAAGAUAAUUAGUGAAGAACACUGGUAUCUUGAUUUACCAGAUCUAAAGGAGAAAGAGAGCUUUAUAAUAGAAGAGAGGAGCUUUAUGCCAUGCGAGGAUCUACUUUAUGGCAGAAUGUCCUUCAAAGGAUUCAAUCCAGAAAUUGAGAAGUUAAUGAUCCAAAUGAACUCUAGGUGCAAGGAAGAAGAAAUUGAAGUGGAUGAUAAAAUGGAAGCUGAUGUGUCAGAUGAAGAAAUGGCCAGAAGAUACGAAACAUUAGUGGGAACAAUAGGGAAGAAAUUUUUGAGAAAAAGAGACCAGCGUGUACUCCAGGAUGAAGAUGAAGAUGAAGAUGGAAAUAAUAACACAAGACCUAGCAAAAAAGCUAAGAAAAAGUUCUUAAAACCUCAGGAUUAAUGUCAACUGCACAACUGGAGCUAAUAGAAACGUUGUCUACCAAAUAUAGUACCAUGAACUGGAGAUUGUUUGGAGUUUUUGCUAUUUAAUGUAAAGGAUAGAUUUGUAAAUCUGAGUCUGUUAUCAUUGAAAUUUCUACCAUCCACAUGACAAACAUUUUUCAAAGUGGAUGUGUAUAUAAUGGAUGUCAUACAUCCUUUCCUCUCUCAGCAGCUUUUAAUAUGCGGGACACUAAUCCCAUCAGC